AUGUCCAGGAUAUUGCUAUCUUAUUCUUCCUGUUAUGAAGUGAGGGAGCACUUCUUGAAGAGGCACCUUGUUCCUUCCAUGAUCCAACAGAUACAACACCUAUGUAAUGAGUGCAAGGGCACCAAAGAGAUCAUCAAUGACGAAGACCGCUACCCUCAAUGCAAAGGUGAGAAGGUUGUACAGGGGAAGAAGGUGAUGGAGGUUAUUGUUGAGAAGGGAAUGCUGAAUGGACAAAGUAUUACUUUCUCAGUGCAAGCUGAUGAAGGUGCACUUAAGAAGACUCUAAACUCUCUUCUCCUCUAUUUUCCUGAUACCGUCAUAGGAGACAUAGUAUUUGUUCUACAGCGGAAGGAGAAUCUCAAGUUCAAGAGAAAGGGAGACGAUCUCUUCUAUGAGCACACCUUGUCCCUCACAGAAGAAUUGUGUGGCUUUCAGUUCAUAUUGACUCACUUGGAUGGCAGGCAGAGUCAUCAAACCUGGUAA